AUGAAUUUUUUAAACUUAACAGCUCUAUUCACGCGUGCUGCUGAAAAAGAUCUUAGAAAAAUCAUUCAAGGAAACUGGACAGUUUCUAUUGUCGAUUUAAAUUCAGCAGGAGUUCAAAAAAAUGAUGAUAUUGAAUUUAAUAUCACAAUAAAUAACGAAACUGAUAGUGUUUUAUCCUCUAACUUUGUAGCUGAAGACAUCAAUUAUGAAUGCAAGUUUAAUUUCAAUUCGAAUACAAGUUUUGAUUUUGAAUUAACAAAUAGCGAUGGUUUCAGAUUCGAUCAAAGUUUUGAUAUUGUAACCCAUCAAGAAAAUGCAAGAACUGCUACAGGUUUUAUUCCAGAACUUCAAUCUACAUUCUCAUUGAAUAUUUUAGGAGAUACUGCAGCAGAAUUUUCAUUAUAUAAUACAAAUACUAUGCAAGUUAGGAUCAUCCGCUUAGUUAAAACUAUCCCACGAAAGAGAAAUCUCUUAUGGCUUGCUCCUUCUGCCAUUGGUCUAGUCUUUUUGGUUAUCAAGUUCAUAUAUGAUAAGAACCGCCAACAAAAGAAAUAA